AUGUUCUGUGGAUUAUUCUACGGCACGAUGUGGCUUCCUGUGAACUACAUAAAGACACACCAAGAAGAGUUCGUGGACGCAACCACGGACAGCCCACCAUAUUUGUUCUCGUUCUUCAGCGGUAUUAUGUGCACUUCUGUUUUCAUCUUCGUCUUGUACUCAUUUGUCAAGCGAAAUAGCCCGUGGAUAAGUGCCGAGGCAGCGUUACCGUCCAUGCUGGCAGGGGCGUUAUUCGCUUUGGCGAUGACGUCAUUCGUGAUCGCCAUCGACCAACUGAAUGCAUCCAUUGCGUAUCCGAUUUGUGCAAUGGCACCAGGUUUGGUGGUGUCUAUGUGGAGCGUACUGUACUUCCAUGAAAUUACGGGCCGACAAAACCUCAUCAUAUUAUCGAUCGCCUACGGACUUACUCUGCUUGGAGUAGCGUUUAUGACGAUAUCAAAAGAAGUCAGCAUACCGUGA